GUUCGAAUGUUGUUGGCGCGCUUUUCCUGAGCUUGUCAACAAGAGCUCACUGACCAACGGCUAUUUAACAUUAUUAAGACGUUGUCCUUAUGUCGCCUCAGUAGCCGGGUCGGUGGCUACCUAUAAUGUGUUUGUUUUGUUGUCCUGAUACAUAGACGGAAUGUCUUCGAUUAAGCCGUUUUCUAAAUUGCCGCAGCUGAACACUGCAAACGUACUGCUGGUGGAGAACGAAGGGAAGCUUCAGAAUGACUUGGCAGAUGCUAUUGUCCAGCAAGAAAACAACGUCAACGUUACAGUGCGGCUGGCUCGAGGGCUGCCCCUACCGGCUGAAAACGAGGAGAAUAGACCCCGAAUCGACUUGGUUGUUUUCAUAGUGCACCUCAGCUCUGAACUUAGCCUUGUUUCAACGGAGAACUCCCUGAAGCAGUUAGACACUGGUUACUUUCUGGGCAAAGUAUGUUUCCUCGUGACUGGUGCGCGUUGUGGAUUAGUCCCUGAUGAGCGACUGGUCUCCCUCAGGAAGCUGGCUGGUUCUCUGCACUGCCCCCUGCUGUUUGCUGAGGAUCAGACGAGAGAGGGAGUGAGCACUGCCGCUCAGAGAGUGCUGAAAAUCCUGAGGGUGUCAGCAGGCUUGGUUCCCAUGGUGACCGGCUUGUACCUCUCCAGUCUCACCCGCUGCACAGUGCCCUUGGACUCAGACGGCAGCGUUCAGGACUGAGCGUGCUUAGAGUCUCCGUGAAGAGCCGGAGGCUGACAGUGACGGUGGUCGUCUGGAUCUCGGUGGCAGUUGGUUGGCCACAAGUUAACCGGCCAUUCUGAAAUAUUGUUCUGAGUUUUCCAGUUUUCCUGUCCACUGGUCCCAGUAAACUUUUGACCUGCUUUUA